AGGGCUUUGCUUGCUACAAUCAUCUAGCACUUUCUCCUCCGUCUCCUCCAAUGGAGACUCAAAACUGACAACAAUAAGCCCAAAAUUUCCCAAUUCUGCCCUUCCCUUUCUUCAACAUCUCCACAUCAAAAAAACAAUGCUAAAACUCCUCUCUUCCACUUCUCGCCAAAUUCACACCCACUUUACAUCCCCGUGUCUCCGGGUCGCCACCGAGUCACAACCGAGCUCCUUUCUGAAGUCUCUGAGUUUACUCACUGGGUUGUCUCAGAGGGGCCAUAAAAGUCCCAGUUUUUAUCAAAGGGCCUUCUUUUGCUCUGAUUCUUCUUCCGGAGAUGGUGGCGAUGGAGGCGGAAUUGUUGAGGUGGAGGUAAGAAGUGGUGCCAGCGAGACGGAGGCUGAAGGUGGAGCUGCGGAUGCCAGUAAUUCCUCGGCUAUUGUGCCUACUAGUCCUAGACCAGAGGAUUAUUUAACGGUGCUGGCGUUGCCAUUGCCACAUAGACCUCUUUUUCCUGGUUUCUACAUGCCAAUUUAUGUGAAGGAUCCUAAAUUAUUGGCAGCUUUACAAGAAAGCAGAAAAAGGCAAGCACCAUAUUGUGGAGCUUUUCUUCUUAAAGACGAGCCAGACACUGAUCCCAGUGUUGUAACUGGAUCUGAAUCAGACAAAAAUAUAUAUGAUCUUAAGGGAAAGGAUCUGUAUAAUCGUCUUCAUGAAGUUGGCACACUUGCUCAGAUCACAACUAUUCAAGGUGACCAGGUUAUCCUUAUUGGUCAUAGGCGACUUCGGAUAACUGAGAUGGUCAGUGAGAAUCCUUUAACUGUUAAAGUUGAUCAUCUCAAGGACAAACCAUAUAACAAGGAUGAUGAUGUUAUAAAGGCAACAUCUUUCGAGGUUAUAUCAACCUUGAGAGAUGUUCUGAAGACAAGUUCACUUUGGAGAGAUCAUGUUCAAACAUAUACACAGCAUGUAGGUGACUUUAAUUUUCCUAGGCUAGCAGAUUUUGGGGCUGCAAUAUCAGGCGCGAACAAGUUGCAGUGCCAAGAAGUGCUUGAAGAGCUGGAUGUGUAUAAACGUUUGAAACUCACACUAGAGUUGGUGAAAAAAGAAAUGGAAAUCAGCAAGAUCCAGGAAUCAAUUGCAAAAGCAAUUGAAGAGAAGAUAAGUGGUGAGCAGCGGCGCUAUUUGUUGAAUGAACAACUUAAAGCCAUAAAGAAGGAACUGGGAUUGGAAACAGAUGACAAAACAGCACUUUCUGCAAAGUUCAGGGAAAGGCUUGAACCAAACAGGGAAAAAAUCCCAGAACAUGUUUUGCAAGUUAUAGAAGAAGAGCUCACGAAGCUGCAGCUUUUAGAGGCUAGUUCAAGUGAAUUUAAUGUCACUCGUAAUUAUUUAGAUUGGUUGACUGCAUUGCCUUGGGGAAAUUACAGCGAUGAAAAUUUUGAUGUUCUACGGGCACAAAAGAUUCUUGACGAAGAUCAUUAUGGAUUAACUGAUGUUAAGGAAAGGAUAUUGGAAUUUAUAGCUGUUGGAAAACUAAGAGGAAUCUCACAAGGAAAAAUUAUCUGUCUCUCUGGCCCACCUGGAGUGGGUAAAACUAGUAUUGGGCGUUCAAUUGCACGUGCAUUAAACCGGAAGUUCUUUCGGUUUUCAGUAGGAGGCUUGUCUGAUGUUGCUGAAAUUAAGGGGCAUCGUCGAACCUAUAUUGGUGCAAUGCCAGGAAAGAUGGUGCAGUGCCUGAAAAAUGUGGGAACUGCUAACCCUCUUGUUCUGAUCGAUGAGAUUGACAAGUUGGGAAGAGGGCACACUGGAGAUCCAGCAAGUGCUUUAUUGGAGCUCCUUGACCCAGAGCAAAAUGCCAAUUUUCUGGACCACUACCUUGAUGUUCCGAUUGACGUAUCAAAGGUUCUUUUUGUGUGCACAGCAAAUGUUUUGGACACGAUACCUAACCCCCUUCUGGAUAGAAUGGAGGUAGUUUCUAUUGCUGGGUAUAUUACAGACGAGAAAGUGCAUAUUGCCAGAGAUUAUUUGGAGAAGGCUACACGCGAAGCAUGUGGCAUCAAGCCUGAGCAGGUUGAAGUAACUGAUGCUGCUCUUCUGGCUCUGAUAGAGAAUUAUUGCCGAGAAGCAGGAGUUCGGAAUCUUCAAAAGCAAAUUGAAAAGAUCUAUCGCAAGAUUGCACUGCAACUUGUGCGGCAAGGAGCGAUAAUUGAACCUGCAGUUCCAGUUGCAGAACUAGAUGCAGAAAAAGUUGAAAGUAUUGAAACCUCCACAGAAUCAGUAGAGGUUAGCAGUAACAAACAAAAUAAUGAAACCCUAGAGGAAGCUGAAAUUGUGCACACAGAUCAAACCCCUGAGGAAGCUGAGAUUGUGCAGACGGAUCCGCAACCUGACAAUGGACAGAGUCCCCUUGAUCAACCUACUGAUUCAAAGGAUACAACUGAAACUGAGAAAAUUGAGGAAAGUGAAGGUACUAAGGCAGUUGAUAAAGUGUUGGUUGACACAUCAAACUUGGCUGAUUUUGUUGGCAAACCUGUUUUCCAUGCUGAACGCAUCUAUGAUCAAACUCCAGUUGGGGUUGUGAUGGGCCUUGCAUGGACUGCAAUGGGAGGUUCCACCUUGUAUAUAGAGACCACUCAGGUUGAGCAAGGAGAUGGGAAAGGAGCCCUUAAUCUUACUGGUCAACUUGGAGAAGUAAUGAAAGAAAGUGCCCAAAUUGCUCACACAGUUGCUAGAGGGAUAUUGCUUGUGAAAGAACCUGAUAACCUCUUCUUUUCUAAUACCAAGCUUCAUCUUCAUGUUCCUGCUGGGGCCACACCAAAAGAUGGACCGAGUGCUGGUUGCACCAUGAUCACAUCCUUUCUAUCUCUUGCCAUGAAGAGGCCUGUCAGAAAAGAUCUAGCAAUGACUGGGGAAGUUACACUAACUGGAAAAAUUCUUCCCAUUGGUGGGGUCAAGGAGAAAACAAUAGCGGCAAGAAGAAGCGAGGUGAAGACCAUCAUAUUCCCAUCAGCAAACAGGCGAGAUUUCGAUGAGCUUUCACCUAAUGUCAAAGAAGGCCUUGAUGUCCACUUUGUAGAUGACUAUGGCCAGAUAUUCGAGUUAGCUUUGGGAUAUGAUGAGAAUGAGAAAAAGUAAACCCUUGUGCUUCUUGAACUAACAGUUUUCUGGGUCCCCAGUUGAAGUGUAUGUGUACUUUGAGACCCUCACUGAGAACUAGACCCAGUUUUGUCCUACAUUAUUGGAUUUCUCAUCAGGAUGGUCUCAGAACAAAGCAGAGCUGAGAUUUCAGCACAUGGGUGGGAGAUGUCAUUGUUUCUUUACUUUUCAAAUUAGUGUAAAUUGAUACCACCCAUUUGUCAAAAGUAUAAUUCUUUUUGAGAACUGUACAUUACGAUACCCACAAAAGAGCCAAUAAUUGACAGCUUAGUUGUGUGUUUUUCCUCCCUCCCCAGUCUCUGAUACAUCGACAGACAUCUGUUUCCGAGAAAAUUACCUUGGACAAUUUAUUGACAGGUUGGCUAGCAACUCUUUUCAUUUUCAUGUUUCCAUGUAAUAUUAUGUCUGCAGAUUGUAUAACAGGAGAAAUUCUAUGAACAAUUUGCCCAUGCUUGUCGAUGGAUGCUCAUCGAUCUUGCGUAGAUCAUACUAAUGAUGAUUUCCUUAGGAUUCAUCAGCU